AUGCCAGCUUUCACCCCAAGAUCAAUUUUCAAAUCAUCUCCUGCUCUUGAGCAGUCCGAAGGUGUUGGCGCUCGUGUCCGCAGAUCAAUUGGCACUGGAGCUGUCCGCAACUUCACUCCUUUCCUUAUGCUUGAUCACUUCAAAGUAUCUCCUGAAGCUGGGUUCCCUGACCAUCCUCACCGUGGUCAGGAAACUAUCACUUACAUGAUUAAAGGUCAUGUUGAUCAUGAAGAUUUCACUGGUUCUGCUGGUACCCUGGGUCCUGGUGACUUGCAGUUCAUGACUGCUGGUCGAGGAAUUGUCCAUGCUGAAAUGCCCCGCAUUGAUAAGGAUGCAGAUGGGAACAUUGAAGCUGUUGAAGGACUUCAAUUGUGGGUAGAUCUUCCCAAGGAACUUAAAAACUGUGAACCAAGAUACCGUGAUUUGCGAUCCAAUGAGAUCCCCAUUGCCAAACCAAACGACAAAGUUGAAAUCAAAGUCAUUUCUGGUGAAUCUUACGGUAUCGAUUCCGUUAAAGAUCUUGCAUACACGCCUGUGUGGCUGCUAGAUAAUAAGGUCCAACCAGGUGGUAAGGUUGAGCAACCUUUGCCUAUUGGGUUCAAUGCGUUUCUUUAUAUUUUGGAAGGGGAAGUGAUGGUCAAUGGCCGUCAGUUUAAACAAUUCACUAAUGUUUUUUUCAACGAUGAUGGCACAGGGGUAGAAGUUCGAGUUCCUGAUAGUGCCAGUGGACCGGCACGAUUUGCAAUUGUUGCAGGGGCCAAGCUUGACCAGCCUAUUGUACAGCAUGGACCGUUUGUUGAAACAUCACGCGAAAAUAUUAUGAAUGCUUUUAUCGAUUACCAAACAGGGUCAAAUGGAUUUGAACGAGCAGUGGGAUGGGAAAGUGAAAUUGGUAAAAGAAUGCUUAGACACUUUUAA